ACCGCCCCGGGCCACCCGGGCCGUCCGAUGCCCCGACCGCUCGCAUCCGGCGGCGGGACCGCCACCCACCUACCCCCAUUAAUUGGGCUGGCUGCCCCGUCCCGCGGCAGCAUCACCACUUCAGCAGCAGCAGCGAGGUCGAGUCUCAGCUCACUCUCGCCACUGCUCUCCUACUUUCCUCGCCAGCGGCGGCGGGCUCCUCCGGCGACGAGGCUCCAGGAGUCUACGGCUAAGCCCCGUCCGUCUGAAUCCUGCGCGCUUCGGUGCAGCCGCCCGCUCCCGCCGGCCGCGUGAUCUGGUUGUGCUGAAAUGGCCGGCGGCAUUACCUGUGGGUCCUUGCUGCAGAAAUUACAGCUUGUAUGGGAUGAAGUUGGUGAGAGCGACGAGGACCGUGACAAGGUCCUGUACCAGCUGGACCAGGAGUGCCUGGAUGUUUACAAGAGGAAAGUUGACCAGGCCACCAACUCUAGGGAUCUCCUUAUCCAGGCGCUGGAUGACUCAAAGAUCGAGCUUGCCAGACUUCUUUCUGCCCUUGGGGAAAAAGCUGUUGCGAGAACUCCUGAGAAGACAUCAGGGACAAUCAAGCAACAGUUAGCUGCUAUCGCUCCAACACUUGAGCAGUUGAAUAAGAAGAAGAAUGAGAGAAAGAGGGAAUUUGUUAGUGUACAGUCACAAAUUGAUCAAAUAUGUGGUGAGAUUGCUGGCACCACAGAGGUCGGUGAGCAGGUGGCUACACCACAGGUCAACGAGGAUGAUUUGACACUUGAGAGGCUUGAAGAUUUUCGGUCCCAACUCCAGGAGCUUGAGAAAGAGAAGAGCAAUAGGUUGGAGAAGGUUCUUGAGUAUGUAAGCAUGGUACAUGAUCUAUGUACCGUCUUGGGCAUGGAUUUUCUCAGCACCGUGACUGAAGUUCAUCCCAGUCUAGAUGACUCCAUUGCUGAUAACUGCAAGAGCAUCAGCGACGAGACAUUAUCAAAACUUGACAAGACAGUAGCCACACUUCAUGAAGAUAAAAAGUUGAGGCUAAGCAAGCUUCAAGAGCUUGUUGGUCAACUGUAUGAUCUUUGGGAUCUCAUGGAUGCUCCCACACAAGAAAGGAGCAUGUUCGAUCAUGUUACCUGCAACAGAUCAGCAUCUGUAGACGAAGUCACUGCUCCUGGAGCACUUGCACUUGAUUUAAUUGAACAGGCUGAGACAGAGGUUCAAAGGCUAGACCAGCUAAAAUACAGCAAGAUGAAAGAAAUCGCUUUCAAGAAGCAAACUGAGUUGGAAGACAUCUAUGCUGGCGCUCACACAGUAAUAGACACUGCAGCUGCCCAUAUGAAAUUGUUGGCACUGAUUGAGGCAGGGAACAUAGAACCAACAGAACUAAUUGCAGAUAUGGAAGGUCAGAUAUCAAAAGCAAAGGAAGAAGCAUUGAGCAGAAAAGAUAUAUUAGAUAAAGUUGAAAAAUGGAUGUCUGCAUGUGAAGAAGAAAGCUGGCUUGAAGAUUAUAACAGGGAUGACAACAGAUAUAACUCCAGCCGAGGUGCCCAUCUGAAUCUCAAACGUGCAGAAAAAGCUCGUAUUCUUGUCAGCAAGAUUCCAGCGCUUGUCGAAACUCUGGUGGCCAAGACUAGGGCAUGGGAAGAGAGCCGUGGUCUGUCCUUUAUGUAUGACGGCGUACCGCUUCUAGCUAUGUUGGACGAGUAUGUUAUGCUGAGGGAGGAAAGAGAAGAAGACAAGAAAAGAAUGAAGGAACAAAAGCGCUACGUCGAGCAGAAACUGAACACUGAUCAUGAAGGGCCGUUUGGAUCGCGGGUCAGCCCUAACAGGCCGGCUACGGCGAAGAAGAUACCCGGCCCAAAAUCCAAUGGCACCUCCAUGAACGGCACUCCUCCGAGCAGAAGACUGUCAAUCAGUGGUCAGCAGAAUGGAAGGUCUGGGGGGAAGGACAGCAAGAGAGACAGCGCGACGAAGGCGGCGUCAUCCCCGGGGAAUGGAGCCUCCGCCGCAGCUGCCAAGGAAGACGCAUCCUCCCACAUCUCCGGCACCGACCUGGCUCCGACCACGCCGUGAUCUUUGACCUAAUAUGGUGUAUUAGAAGAUAAGAAGAGGACAUUUGCUGAUGUUUUUUCCAUUGUUUUGUGCUAAUAUAAUGUGCUGUGUUUGUAGCGAGGAGAGGGAGUAUAUGUGACGUCCAUGGACCCCUCCGUAGUUCGGCUACCUGGCCAGGGUUUGUUUGCUCCUGGUGUAAAGUGGUGUUCCACUCUUGAUUAGUUUCACCGAGGCGUACUAUUUUCUACUACCUGUGAUCAGACGCUGUAGUAUAGACUUUGCUGGUCUGUGUUAUUAGUCGUUGAAAUAACCUUUUUGUGA